ACCUAGUCUACAAGUUCGCUAUCAACAGGCGAUAUGUCACCCUAUUUCUGUUGCUGUUCAACGACGUCCUUAAAUAGGAGUACUUGUGCUACAAGCCUAACCCAGAGAUAGCACCACAAAUACCUCUCUUUUCUUUAGGUGUUUACUUCGACAGCUUCACCACCUUCGUUUACCCAUUGCCAUGGCGGCUGAGAAGCGAACCAUUGGGCUCGGCAUGGACUACUCGCCGUCGAGCAAGGCCGCGGCGAAGUGGGCGGUGGAUAACCUGGUGAAGGCCGGCGACCGGAUCAUCCUCGUCCAUGUCCUUCCCAAAGGAGCAGAUGCCAGCCACAAGGAGCUCUGGAAGAGCACCGGCUCACCUUUGAUUCCUCUGCUGGAGUUUAUGGAGAUGAACGUGCAGGCGAGGUAUGGGAUCAACCCCGAUAAGGAGGUACUGGAGAUCCUGCAAGCUGAAUCCAAGUCCAAGCAGGUUGAAGUACUGGCAAAAGUUUACUGGGGUGAUGCAAGGGAGAAACUCUGUGAGGCAGUAGACGAUCUCAAGGUGAAUACCUUUGUUCUUGGUUGCAGGGGACUAGGACCCUUGAAAAGGGCCCUACUUGGAAGUGUUAGCAACUAUGUUGUCAACAAUGCAACCUGCCCGGUUACUGUGGUGCGUGCACCAACCGUGUCAAAUGCCUGAUUCUAUGCUACAUGGGACUGCUGGAAAUUGGAAUGCUGGGCUUGUUUUGCUGUUCAUCCAUCUUUUAGCAGAGAACCUUCAUCUGAGUUGGUGCCAUUGCAAGGAUUGGUCUCUGGCUCCUGCACUUAGCUUUUCCAUGCUAUUGGAAUGUUAUUAAGUUGAAUCUUCGGUGUAUUUCCUUCUGUUACUUCCUAUGUAUAGUUCAUUACUACUGUUUAAUGGUGAAUGUUAAAGAUUGCCAAUGGUGUGCUUGCUUUAUGUAUACGACAGGGGCCCUAAGAACAGUUUUUUGCUUAGGCAGGUCUUUGUAACAGAAA